GCGUUGCAGCUCCUCAUCGACUUCUGCGCAUUUUUUGAGAUACAGAACCAGCUUCUUACUGCUCUUGCUGUGGUCAUCAUCUUACCAACACAUAACUCCUAUGUGAGACCUGUUAUUCUACCAUCGCUAGCCGCAGAAGAUUGUAUAAGGCUUCCAAUGCUCAAGGAUCUGGAUGCGGAUGUGCCGAGCAAACAAAUUCCGUAUUACAUGGCUUUGAGCUGCAACUUGGCGACUAGGCGAUCAGGAUUUGACUGGACUGGGAUUGCUUUUCCAUGCAAUCCAGAAUGGACAAGCCCUAUCACCAAAGUUACCACCCCUGCUCUGCCACUACUUGAUCAAACUAUCACGGCAUUCUUGAGAAGCAUUGGCUGGGUCACGGGUAACUAUAAGACAACCCGCCAGAAAGCAUCUACUUGGACAAAUGGCUACGGAAUGAAGAGGGCGGCGCAUCUGAGCCAGAAACUAAUCCCGACACCAUUAGCAAUGGUGAUUAUUGUGACGGCAACACACUGGACGAUCGAGUCAGGGAAAUUAUAUAAGAAUGGGCUAGCUGAAGUUGAGUGGCUGCCAUUCGUAGUUGCCAUUGGGUUGAAUAAGUGCCAGGGUCUAUACAAUUCAAUCAUUUAUUAG